GCAGUGGAAUUUGUGGUUAUUUAAAUAGUCCGGCCGAGGAGCUCUUUUCGAUCUUGGCCGAGUGUUCUGAAGAGAUUCCCAAGCACACAGGAAAUAGUCCAGAAUGGCAGAUACCGGCCAGGUUUUUGGCUUUAAUCCAUGGAGCCGCCAAUGGUGAUGAUUUAUAAAGCAGACCCUUUGAAGUCCCAAGUAUUUGGAAUCUAAUCCGCCAUGGAUGAUGGAGGAGGGUUCAGAAAGGCAAGAAUGGAGCUUGAAGCACUCUACGAGGGAGUGCCAGACGAGUCAGUGAAUCUCACCUUCCGACAUCUCACAGACGUCAAUGUUCAAUCCAGAGCCAACCCAUCAAUCCAAAUCCCAAUCCCAAGAGAUAAUCAAAGCACCCCAUUAACCAAACUCCCCAGCCUAGACUUCAACAGAGCCCUCCAAGCGGCCAACCAAUACUCCCGCCCUGACGCCAAAAUCAGCCUCCAUCCGAGUGCGCAGGUCGGUGGGAGUAGUAGUGGGUCGCCGCUUGCCCCUGCCGGCCACAUUCAAAGCCGUCCAACUUCGGAGCAUGAGUACAUGCAUGCCCAUGUUGGUGGGUUGAGGCCGGCUUUGGAGUACAGUGCAGCCUACGAGGAGGCAAGCCGCAUCAGCGGCAUGGGUUCCACGUAUCUUCAUCACAGAGCCACGCCGGGGAGACGCCGCCCGGGGAUUCCUCACUCCAAUAUCUGCACCAACUGCACCACUUACAUCUAUGUCUUCCGCCAUCGUUGCCUGGUCUGUGGAAGAGUUUACUGCCGGCAAUGUGUGAGAAUUGGGAUGGGGGAGAUGACGGAGGGAAGAAAGUGCAUAGAAUGUUUGGGAAGAAAAUUCAGCCACAGGUACAUAGGGGAGGCAGGAGAUGUGGGGUGCUUCGGUUGGAGGUACUCAACUGCGGUGAAGCACGCAGAGCUUAAGUGGGCGGAGAAAGGGCCUCGCCGGAGAGGAGAGAGAGCCCCACUGAGAGGGUGCGGUGGCGGUGGCGGUGGCGGCGGGGUAACGAACUCCAUGAGUAUGAUGUCGGCAAGUCAGAGCCCAUGGGCACCGGCCACAACCAGUGUGGAUAUUUCCGCCGUUUACAGCUCUCGUUUCGCCGCCAUGUCGUCCCCUCAUUCUCCGGCUCACCGCCACCAUUUACCGUUUUAGUUUCAUGGUUUCGCCAAUUCCUUAUAUUCAUAUUGUAUUAUUUUGACGUUUAAAUCUAUUUAUCCGUUUUAUGUUAGAAUUAGA